AUGGCUUCCCUUUUCCUUUCAUCCUUAGUCAUUCUUCUGUUUGCUGUUUCAGCCACAGAAUCAAUUGUUGCACAUGUUGUUCCAGUUCAUGCUUUUCAGAAAACUUCAAACCAUGUUAAUGUUUAUCCCUUAAACAUGCCUACUAUUCCAGAAGAAAGUGAUAUGCUAGAAGGUGUUGCACCACCUUCUGGAAAAAAUGAUAUUUCAGUCCAAGAUAAUGUUUAUCCCUUAAACAUGCCUACUAUUCCAGAAGAAAGUGAUAUGCUAGAAAAUGUUGCACCACCUUCUGGAAAAAAUGAUAUUUCAGUCCAAGAUAAUGUUUAUCCCUUAAACAUGCCUACUAUUCCAGAAGAAAGUGAUAUGCUAGAAAGUGUUGCACCACCUUCUGGAAAAAAUGAUAUUUCAGCCCAAGAUAAUGUUUAUCCCUUAAACAUGCCUACUAUUCCAGAAGAAAGUGUUGCACCGCCUUCUGGAAAAAAUGAUAUUUCAGCCCAAGAUAAUGUUUAUCCCUUAAACAUGCCUACUAUUCCAGAAGAAAGUGAUAUGCUAGAAAGUGUUGCACCACUUUCUGGAAAAAAUGAUAUUUCAGUCCAAGAUAAGGUUUAUCCCUUAAACAUGCCUACUAUUCCAGAAGAAAGUGCUAUGCCAGAAAGUGUUGCACCACCUUCUGGAAAAAAUGAUAUUUCAGCCCAAGAUAAUGUUUAUCCCUUAAACAUGCCUACUAUUCCAGAAGAAAGUGCUAUGCUAAAAAGUGUUGCACCACCUUCUGAAGAAAAAGAUAUUUCAGCUCAAGAUAAUGUUUAUCCCUUAAACAUGCCUACUAUUCCAGAAGAAAGUGCUAUAUCAGAAAUUAAAGUGCCAGAUUCAGCUCAAGGUAAUGUUUAUCCCUUAAACACGCCUACUAUUCCAGAAGAAAGUGCUAUAUCAGAAAUUAGAGUGCCAGAUUCAGCUCAAGGUAAUGUUUAUCCCUUAAACACGCCUACUAUUCCAGAAGAAAGUGCUAUAUCAGAAAUUAGAGUGCCAGAUUCAGCUCAAGGUAAUGUUUAUCCCUUAAACAUGCCUACUAUUCCAGAAGAAAGUGCUAUAUCAGAAAUUAGAGUGCCAAAUUCAGCUCAAGGUAAUGUUUAUCCCUUAAACAUGCCUUCUAUUCCAGAAGAAAGUGCUAAGCUGGAAAGUAAAGUGCCCCCUUCUCCACGCCAUGCUAUUAAAGGUUCAAGGAAGAUCAAAAUUUUAGGUUAA